AUGCACCAUUUGAGACAAUUUUUCUAUGAAAGUGAGGAACGCGAAGAAUUUGUUGAUGAGAUUAUUUCUCAACUACUUCAUAAUACGGAAACUAUCAUUUUGUCUAAGUGGGCUACUAAACACAGCAUCUCUUAUGCUUUUGAAAAAUGCAUUAAUGAUAUUUCAAGCUCAAUCAUUCUGAAUUUACCAUCUUAUUUCAAUGAAAUGAAAGCAAAGGAACAGAUAACCCAAUUUAACCCUGUUUGUGAGCCUGAAGUAGACAGUGUAUGCCUUGAAAGUACUAGCCGUGAAAUUGUUGAUGAGGUGAUUGAAUAUGCGAUUAGCAUGUAUGAAGUAAGAUCUGUAAAUAAAUAAAUAAUUUACCUACUUCUUCAAACCAUCUUAAGUGAAUCACCUCUAGAAGAUUUUGGCAAAGCUGGAAGACAGGAGAAUAAAUGUUGGUCUAAUGUUGGAAGAGCAACCGAAGAAAAAAGUGCUAUCCGGUAAUAUUAUAAGAAAGUCUAAAAAUUCCCUCAAGCCAGAUGCAAAGGAAGACUCCGAAGAACCGAAAAAUGCUCUUUGGGCAAGUCAGCUUAG